AUGGAUGAUGCUGCUGUCCUCAAGAGAAGAGGCUACAUCAUGGGGAUCAAUUUGGGAGAGGGCUCCUAUGCAAAAGUGAAAUCCGCUUACUCCGAGCGCCUCAAGUUCAACGUGGCGGUCAAGAUCAUAGACCGCAGGAAAGCCCCCACGGAUUUCUUAGAGAAGUUCCUGCCCCGGGAGAUCGAGAUCCUGGCCAUGCUGAACCACCGCUCCAUCGUCAAGACCUAUGAGAUCUUCGAGACAUCCGACGGCAAGGUCUACAUCGUCAUGGAGCUCGGGGUCCAGGGGGACCUCCUGGAGUUCAUCAAGACCCGGGGCGCCCUGCACGAAGACGACGCCCGGAAGAAGUUCCAGCAGCUGUCCUCGGCCGUCAAGUACUGCCACGACCUGGACGUCGUCCACCGAGACCUCAAGUGCGAGAACCUCCUCCUCGACAAAGACUUCAACAUCAAGCUGUCCGACUUCGGGUUCUCCAAGCGCUGCCUCCGGGACGACAACGGGCGCAUCAUGCUCAGCAAGACCUUCUGCGGGUCGGCGGCGUACGCGGCGCCCGAGGUGCUCCAGGGCAUCCCCUACCAGCCCAAGGUGUACGACAUCUGGAGCCUGGGCGUGAUCCUCUACAUCAUGGUGUGCGGCUCCAUGCCCUACGACGACUCCAACAUCAAGAAGAUGCUGCGCAUCCAGAAGGAGCACCGCGUCAACUUCCCGCGCUCCAAGCACCUGACGGGCGAGUGCAAGGACCUCAUCUACCGCAUGCUGCAGCCGGAUGUCAACCGGCGGCUGCACAUCGACGAGAUCCUCAGCCACUGCUGGGUGCAGCAGAUCAAGCCCAAGGCGCAGGCCCUGGCCAGCGCCGCGCCCACCAAGGAGGGGGAGAGCUCCCGGACCACGGGCCAGGACCUGCUCAGGGUCCCGGAGGCCAUCACGGACAAGAAGUCCACGGCCAGGCUGGAACCAAAGGAGGAUCCCAAGUUGGACACGGUCUUGGAGAAGGAAGAGGCGGUGCAGGUGACCAGGCAGUCGGAGACCCUGGGCUUCACGGCGGAAAUGCAGCACCAAUCCCCUCAGAGCGAGCAAGGGAACGCCCCCUCGCCACCUCCGGAAUCUGUGCACAGCUAA